GGGCGGGCUGCGCCCCUUCGAGGUCCGCCUGCGGCGUCGUGAGGGCGGGCGGCGCGGCAGGCCUCGGCCCGGAGCAGCAGGCGGCGGACGAGGAUGGGGACGGCGCCCGGCGGCCGCGGCCGGGCUCGGCGCGGUCAUCUGUUCUGGAUUUAGCUUGCUGGGACAUGGAUGAAGAAUCAUUAACUCAUUAUUGGAGCUGUGGCCUUUUAGUGGAAUCUUUUAAUUUGUUUGCAGUUAUUCUGGCAACUUGGCUGUCUUGAAGAUUCUUCUUUGUGUUCAUACAAAGCCUGAAUCGCAAUGAGUUCGGACUUGUGGAGUCAAGAGAAAGGUGGUUCACCCUACUGGGAAGAACGUAUAUUUUAUUUGCUUCUCCAGGAAUGCAGCAUUAUAGAUAAACAGACUCACAAGCUAUUAAAAGUACCCAAGGGUAGCAUUGGACAGUUUGUUCAAGACCGGUCUUCAGGAGGGCAUACCAGAAGCAACCCUUCAUCCAAAAGCAAAAAAAUGCAAAUAGGUAUCAAGUUAUUGGAGCAUCCCCAUGCAGUUCUCCUCGUGGACGAGAAAGAAGUUGUUGAUAUCGAUGAGAAACGAGCAGAGCUGCUACUGGCCAUUACCAGUUGUGAAGAUAGAUACGCUAUAUUUAAAAGCAAAGGUCGACUGUGCAAAGGCCUCCACAUUGACCUUGGCUCACCAGUGAAAGUGCAGCUGAGAUCAGGUGAUGAGAAGUACCCUGGAGUUGUUCGCUUCAGAGGACCCUUAAUACAAGAGAGAUCGCUUUCUGGGAUAUAUUUUGGAGUGGAGCUUCUGGAAGAAGGUCGUGGUCAGGGUUUUACUGAUGGACAGUACCAGGGCAAACAGCUCUUCAGAUGUGACGAGGACUGUGGAGUGUUUGUUGCACUAGACAAACUAGAGCUGGUGGAAGAUGAUGACAAUGAACUGGAGAAUGACUAUGCAGCUCCAGUUGACUCAAUGCAGGUAGACCUUCCUCCUUUGGAGCUCAACUCCAGGGUUUCUGUGAAGAUAGGGAAGAAUAUAGAGUUUGGGACAGUUAUAUUCUGUGAUGUCUUACCAGGAAACGAAAGUUUAGGAUACGUUGUUGGAGUGGACAUGGAUAAUCCAAUUGGAAAUUGGGAUGGACGAUACAAUGGACAGCAGCUCUGUAGUUUUGCAAGUGUUGAAAGUACACUUCUUUUGCAUAUCAACGAUGUCAUCCCAGAAGCUGUGUCUCAAGACAGGAGACCUCCUAAACUUGGUUUCACUUCUAGAAGUGGCUGUGACAAAGGGUUCGGCCACAGUAAGGCCAAGUCUACAGGUGCCCUUCCUGACUCUGGAAACAGAAACAGAUCAGAAUUUUUCUACACACUAAAUGGCUCUUCAGUAGAUUCUCAACCACAAAUGAAAUCAAAAAACACAUGGUAUAUUGAUGAAGUUGCUGAAGAUUCUGCAAAAUCACUUAAUGACUCCUCUCCUGGGUUUGGGCAUUCUUCGCCGCCACUGCAGCCUCCCCCCGCAAAUACAUUAUCUGCUGAGAACAGAUUUCAUUCCUUGCCUUUCAGUCUGACAAAGAUGUCCAGCAACAACAAUACUAUUGGACACAGCCCUCUCUCUUUAUCGGUCCAGUCGGUUGCUGGCGAGGGGGCUGCUGGGGCAGCCCAGGAGAGCCCACCAGCAGCUGCACCGGCCAUCAACAUGCAUGGGCUCGAAGCAGGCUCCUUGGCAGAAGUGAAGGAAAACCCGCCUUUCUAUGGAGUAAUCCGCUGGAUUGGGCAGCCGCCAGGGGUCAACGAAGUGCUGGCAGGGCUUGAACUGGAAGAUGAAUGUGCGGGCUGUACUGAUGGGACAUUUAAAGGAACACGAUACUUUACCUGUGCACCCAAGAAGGCGCUUUUCGUGAAGCUGAAGAGCUGCCGACCAGAUUCCAGAUUUGCUUCAUUGCAGCCUGUAUCCAACCAGAUUGAACGUUGCAACUCCUUAGCUUUUGGAGGCUACCUGAGUGAAGUGGUUGAAGAAAACACUCCUCCAAAAAUGGAAAAAGAAGGUCUGGAAACAAUGAUUGGCAAGAAGAAAGGAAUUCAGGGUCAUUACAACUCCUGCUACCUAGACUCCACUUUAUUCUGCCUGUUUGCAUUCAGCUCUGUUCUGGACACGGUCUUGCUUAGACCAAAAGAGAAAAAUGAUGUAGAAUAUUAUAGUGAAACUCAAGAACUUCUGCGGACAGAGAUUGUAAAUCCUCUCCGAAUAUAUGGAUAUGUGUGUGCAACAAAAAUAAUGAAACUAAGGAAGAUACUGGAAAAAGUUGAAGCAGCAUCCGGAUUCACCUCUGAAGAGAAAGAUCCAGAAGAAUUUUUGAAUAUUUUGUUUCAUCAUAUUUUGAGAGUAGAACCACUGUUAAAAAUAAGAUCAGCAGGUCAGAAGGUUCAGGACUGCUACUUCUAUCAGAUUUUUAUGGACAAGAAUGAGAAAGUUGGCGUUCCUACAAUACAGCAGUUAUUGGAAUGGUCUUUCAUCAACAGCAACUUGAAAUUUGCAGAGGCACCCUCCUGCCUGAUCAUUCAGAUGCCUCGAUUUGGGAAGGACUUCAAAAUGUUCAAUAAAAUCUUUCCCUCCCUGGAAUUAAAUAUCACAGACCUACUGGAAGACACUCCUCGGCAGUGCCGCAUCUGUGGUGGACUUGCCAUGUACGAAUGUCGAGAAUGCUAUGAAGAUACAGACAUUUCUGCUGGCAAAAUCAAGCAGUUUUGCAAAACCUGCAAUACUCAGGUUCACCUGCAUCCCAAAAGGCAAAGUCAUAAAUUCAACCCAGUGUCUCUUCCGAAAGAUCUGCCGGACUGGGACUGGAGGCAUGGCUGUAUACCUUGUCAGAAGAUGGAGUUGUUUGCUGUUCUUUGUAUAGAGACGAGCCACUAUGUGGCUUUUGUUAAAUACGGCAAAGGAGACUCCGCCUGGCUCUUCUUUGACAGCAUGGCCGAUCGGGAUGGAGGCCAGAACGGCUUUAACAUCCCCCAAGUGACUCCAUGCCCAGAAGUCGGCGAGUACCUGAAAAUGUCUCUUGAGGAACUGCACUCACUGGACUCGAGGAGGAUCCAAGGCUGUGCUCGGAGGCUGCUCUGUGACGCUUACAUGUGCAUGUACCAGAGUCCAACCAUGAGUUUGUACAAGUGAACGCUCGUUGCCGUCCGGGCAGAGGGAAGCCGUUGUCCAGGGACUUGGCUGUGACCCAGGAAGGCUCGCUGGGGCUUUGGCUCACUGGCUCGGGCGUCUGUUGCCGGCAACGGAUGCAUCGAAGGAGGGGGAAGCAGCUGUUUGACAAAAGAAACGACUAUUUUAAGGAAAAAGUACAACUUACAAUGUGGUGUUCUGUUGCUAAAGUACUUACUAAGCAUUUUGCACUCUAGGAAGUGUGUGAGUGUGUGUGCGUGUGUGAAUUUUUUUUUUAAAUAAAAAGUCUAAAUGAAGCUAUUAACAUGUUUAGGCUGUAUUUCAGAGGAGUUGUUGUAUACCUGGAGUGAGGUUUACAUGUGUCUACAUUGCUGUGUGGAAUGUUUUGCAUAGACCUUUCCUAGGGAACCCCGAGCCCUAAGGAGGUGGACUGCAUCUGUGUGGGUGUAUGUGUGUGUAUGUAUGUUUUUUCCAGCAUUGUACAGGUUGUGCAGUAAAAACACUGGAUGGCGACAUGAAGCUAGGCACUGAGGUUUUUGUUUGCAUAUAAUUAACACAUGAGAAUUGUGUUUGCUUAUUCUGACCCACAGCAAGUUAAAACAGAAACUGAACAAAACAUCUGUAGUACUUUGAGUAAGCAAAUCCAUACAGUGUCUGAUUGUUCCCAUGUGUAGCCACGGACCAAGAAUGCCCAGUGUGCUCUUUAUAGUUAAUGGUUGCCUUCAUGAUAGCAGCUGAUGCAAAUCUUCUGUGACCUGGAGUGAUUUUUCCAUAGAAGGAGGUGUUUUGUCAUAGAAUGCUUUCCACACAGACUUGCUCAAAAUCUAUUCCUUAGGCUGGAUAUGGUUUGCAACAUCAUCUCUGUGGAAGAUGGCUCAUUCUGAGGUGACACUGCGCCAGUGAGCAUUCCCACAUACAGUAUCUCUGAAAGGCAUUCCUGGUGCAGGGGAUUAUACUGGUACAGUCUUCAAGCUUGACCCUGACAAAAAAUUCUCAAACCACCUGCUGUAAUUCAUUUUCCUCCCAUCUUGGGAAGCUCCUGCACGCCUGUUUGUGUGGGUCCCUGUUGAGUCCUUUCAGAAGGUGCUCUGGCACUCGAAGGAUCUGACUCCAGUGUUGUUUUGCGUGCAACAGCCAGGGCACCGUCCUGUGGUUUGCAGCCAUGUUGGCUGAAAAGAAGGUGGCAUGAUUAAUUUGCAUGGGUUCAGGGACACUGGGAGAACUGUUCAGAGCACUCCUUUUAAAACAUUCUUUCGAUAUUCUGUCUGAUAAUUGUGUGUGUGUGUGAAGAGCAAAUCUGAAGUACACAAGAAAUCUGGUCUCGCAAUGUACCUCAGUCUUUCACUGAACAAACCAUGCUUCUGUCCACCAGGCUCAGCCAUUCCUCCCUAGGGAAGUUGAUUGCCAUGGUUUUCCUUAACGUUGAUUCAGUUGGUCAGUUGAUUGGUACAUUGUAUAGGCACUGCCCCUAGUUCUUUCUGUCCUUGUCCAGGUGGCGCUCUCAGGUGGAUUGGGCAACACUGUGCAAAGUUGAAUCAAGGAGGCGGUACUUGACAUACCUCAAGUUCCUGGGGUAAGCGUGCCCUGUAGACUCCCACCUGUAGCAUUCACAGGUUCAUGGCACAGGACGGCAGCCUUAGUAGCCUAUCCAGCUUUCUGCCUCAGGAAACGUCGUUGAAAUGGUCUCUGUAGUCUGUAAAAUAGAAGCUGAGUCUUGGUGUUGGGGGUGGGGGGUGGGAAAGAGAAAUCGCUUGCACAUUGAUCAUCGUGGAGGUCAUGUCAUGUUAAUGUAUGGCCAAAUAGUUUGACUUGCCGCUCCGUACAUAUGAAAAAUGUGUGUCUGCAGUCUUCUGUGGUUUAUUGGAUAUUUUUUAUGCAAUGUAAGUAAUAGUUUUUGCAGUUGGGGAAGAAAUCUGCUGUACUUGCCUUAAGUAGCGUUCUGAAAUAAGAGCAGCGAAACGUGCACCUGGUAUGAACAGAAGGUGGGUGUGGCGGGGAAGAGCGAUCGCCAUUUAAGUGUGCUAAUAUUUCCUUGUUUGUUUGAGGUUUAGUCUUGAGGUCAGCUUGGUGCGCAGAAACUGAUGGUGAGAAUAAUGAUAAGACACUAAGGGUUAAUUUUCACGAGCUCUCACUUGGUUGCAGCUUUGUAGUUGCACACCAUUUGUGUCCGCCACGCCGUCAGAUCUGUCAAACAUUCGUGCGUUGGAUGCAGUCGCAUUGCUUCCCUGUGUAGUUCAUUGCAUUCUGCGUGAUCCAGUCUCCCGGUCCCUGCUGUGCACUGGGGUCAUUUAAGCCAUCCCUCCAUGUAGCCCAUACAAUCCAUGCAGUAAGAUGGGCAGAAACGCGUAUCCAGCCUUCAACAUCUCCCACUCAUUUCCCUUUUAUCUUCUCCCAUGGACUCAAGUUCCCACUUAGCUCUUUUCCCUCCGUUCACCCUCAAGUUUUUCUCCAGUCUAUGACUGGCCUUUGGCUCUUUUCCUACCACCUUGGAAGUGGCUACUGCUUACGGAUUUCUGCCUCCGAAUAUAUGGGAUUUGGGGCAACUCUGUCUUAAACCUUAUCCACUUACUAUAUUUGGAAGAUUAUUUUGAAAUUUCAGCUGAACUGAUUAGAGUAUGAUUUUGUGAAGAGUGUCUUUCUUGAGGAUGGUGACACCAAGUGAAGAAUUGGCUGAAACGUCAUCUCGUUCAGUAGCUGAAGUGGGAGGAAAAGAAAGACCUUCGUUGAUAGUAAUAAGAUGAGGAAACAUGAGGCUUGGGUGGGUAAUCGGCAAUAGCUUUUCAUCCAAGCUCUAGAAAGACUUGGUGAAAGAUGGAGGGUGCACCUUGGUGUGGUAAGGAUGCUGAAUUCGGUGGGUGGGCAGGAGAGGAGACCUUACCAAGGUCUGAAUGAGGACAGGUGGAUGAGGGGCCCUUGGGUACAGGAAGGAGUGAGAAGAAAGUCAUGGAUGUUACAGUGGUGUUCUUAAAAUUGUUUUACAAUAAGAACAUGCACUUUUCACCCCUCUAUUCACACUGCUGAUGCCUGAAUGCUAGAAUUUACAAUAUUUUCUGAGUUGGCUAUCAUAGUUGUAUAUGGGUAGAUAUUACUUCUCAGUAUCUUAUAGACAGUAAAACAGCUUUUGAAGACCCGUACUUGUUAAUAAGCAAAUCUGUUUAACUUGUUCUUUAAAGAAAGUUCUCUAUUUUCACUCCCCUGCUAUAUUCACAGGACUCAGACCAACUAAUAGUAUAAAAAUGGCCAAAAAAAAUCAAUACAAAAAAGAUUAUAGAAUAGACACACAAAUUGGGCAAAUAGCUUAAAAAUUGCUAGUUAUCUAAGAAGAUCAAAUGCCAAUAAAAAAAAGUCUUAGGUAGAUAGUGAAGGAUCAAGUGAAAAAAUGGGGCAUUAAUGGGGAAAUUUGCCAGUUUUCUGAGUGCAGUUUUGCAAUUUGCUCAGAAGUUUUGUGGGGGUAAGCAUUGGGUGUGCUUUUUAGGAGGGGCGAAGAAGACCGUUAGCCUUCAGGUCAAUAUAGAGGGACUCUCUGGUAACUCAUUAAUCAGCAUUAUGUUACUCAUUAGUUACGCAUUAGUUACGCAUUAGUCUAGUUACCCAGCACCCUGGCUUGCUUCUCCUGGUCUGUUACUGUGAGUACCCCCCUCCUCUAUGGUUCUUAUGAGGCCUCAGGUUGGAGUGUGCACCUGUUACCUGAGAAACUAGUCACAUCCAUUAGGUGUGUGCAUGGGAUCAAGCGUGUAAGGAAGUUCCAAGCAAUCGGUCCCACUGGGUAUGAUUCCAACAUUCAUAGGAAUAAUUUAGUCAUGUGCAGGUUCUUGUUCUCGCGGGCCUUUUGAAGACUUAAUUGCCCCUGGCGUUGGCCAGGUAUUGAUUUACAAAUCCGUGCUACAGACACCAUUUCCUCAUUUUUGUAACAUACCUUAUAAAUCCAUUCCCAAACUUAAGUAUGAACGUAAAACAGUCACAGCAAGGCAAAGAUCAAACUUCACUCAACAAAUGGGAGGACUUGUUCUCCCAUGCUUUCUUCCGUUAGAGGGAAUGUUAAGGUAGCUCUUUGUCUCAAACAUUUGAGGGUGAAUUUCAAUCUAUAAAACUGCAUGGCUUAUGUUAACCGAGACUUUAGGACGCGACAAAGCUACACAUUGAAAUGCUCUUCUAUUAGUCGAGUGCCCUUCUAUAAACAUUUGCUGCAAUGGAAGUGACUAUUGAGCUAAUAUUUGUAUGGAGGGAUACAAAUAUAUCUUAUUUUGUUGGAAUGGUUGAGAACUUGAGACCAAGCCAUCAGUGCUCAAGCAACAUGCUAGUUUUAAUCUGAAAAGCUCCAUUACAUAAUACACUGCAGCUACAUACAAGAAUCUGAUGGGUCCCUUUUCUGAUGCGAAGCUGGCAUGGGGCAGAAUUACCAGGGAAAUUUUUAGGUGAUGGGGAAGCAUCAGGCAGGAGAAGAAUUCAGUGUGCCAUCCCAUGCUUCUGGAAAUCUCCCUCUUUGAGAGUGUGUUGCAGGGGGAAAGGGUUACUAAAAAGUUAUGUUAGUUUAAGCAUCUUCUGCUUGCUUGAAAUAACAAGUGACGCAGGAAGCCCAAUUUUCUUGCUGCUGCUCUGCAAAAGUCUCACCUUUUCCGUCUUUUUAAGAUGUUAUUCAUAAUGCUGACUAAGUGGAGCACUCAAAGCCAUUUAAGCCAUUUCAGCUGACUUGUGUGAUCACUGCUAUUAAGAAGUGAGUAAACAUUGCCACUACCCCAGUUGCUUUUCACCCAUUGUGCAGCAUUCCUUAGCUUUUCCCUGUCUCCCUCUGUUCUGGAGUUACUAGCAACCACCUUGCAAUGCGAAUAAUAGUCACCAUUUGUGAUCAAGAGUGAUGUCCCUGUCCGCUCGAGAGUUAGCACAGGGCAGCAGUCCUCAGCUAUCUGCUUUGCAGUCCUUUUCCCAGAAUAGAGCCCUUUUUGCUUUUAAGUCAAAGAACUGGACAUAAUGUGCAAUGAGGUGCCACUGUUGAGGUUGCGAACAAGCCCAACUUGUGCUGGUUUAUGAAUCUGCCACAGUGGUUUUCCCAUGUUUUAAUAAUUACAAGCGUUAUGGUUCUUAUGGAGGGAUUUAUACAUGCAUCAGUCUUCCCCUUUAUGAGAGCAGUAAUAAAUAAAUCACUGUUAUCUUUAUAGUACCUCUUGCCCCAUUCCUUCGGUUUCACAAUUUUCUAUUUCUGGAAUUCUGAAACGUUGCUCUUAUUUCUGUCAUGUGUUACUAUAUAGAAGCAUUAGACGGUUACCACAUGUAAGGAAGGAAACUUCUACAAAGUGAAAUUAUGUUUUUAGCUUUGCUCUUCAUGCAGAUGUUGGUAUCUUGGGCUGAGUUUGUUGGAGAAGAACUGUGGCUAAACAGACUUUUAAGGCUGAACUUGGAAUUUUACCCUUUCCUUGGACUGUCUCUUUUGAGGUUUAAAUUUUAUUUAUUCCGCCAUUGUAAUGAAGUGUGUUCUGCAUUGGCUUGCACAAUUCCUGAAACUUUUGUUAAAAUAAACAUCCUGUAGUUGAGUGCUGUUGUCUGCUCAGUAACUUGUCUCCACCGAGAGUGGCUUUAAGGAAGUGUUCAGGUUCCUGUAUUUUUAAGCCUUAAUUUCCCAGAGAAGAUGAGAUGAGAUUGUACCGUAUCCUAUUUCUGUAUUAAUACUGAUUAAACCUCUUAUUUUUA